UAAGAAAACUGGUUGUUGAGUCACUGGACACACAAGUGGACGACUUCAGUGACAUGCAAGCAAAACCGCUGACUCUUGAUUCGGUGUGACAGUGCUGAAACAUUAGAUCUGAAACCUCAGUUUAGAGCUCUGUUGUGGAUUAUUUUACCGUCAUCAAGACUACUCUAUCCACCUCAUCUCAGUUUGUUUUUGUUCAUUUUUGCAUUGUUCCCAGAUUAAACCCACAUUGGACUGUUUCAAAUUUUUGAUCAAAGUGGUCCAUGUUUGGAUGAUGUCUUCAUGAUCUGAUGUAUCUGGACACAACUCAACUGGUCUUAGAACAGAGUAAGACUUUGGUUUGAGAGUUUCUGAACUCGUUCUGGAGCUUUUUAGUGUUCGAUUGUGACAUCUCCGAGACAUUAAAUCUGCUUUGUUGAAGAUGGACAGUAGUGCUGUAUGUGCUAGGAACCAGCUACUCCACAUUGAUGUCCACAUAGAUGAGAAUGAACCUCGAAACGGCAUCCUGGAGGUCCUCAGCAGACUCCGUCCUCAGUGGAAGGCACAGGACAUUCAGAUGAAGACAUUCACAGAAGGCAUCACCAACCAGCUGCUUGGCUGUUAUGUAGGCUCUCUCCAGGAGUCUGGCUGUGUUCUGGUGCGACUGUACGGAAGAAUGACAGAGCUAUACGUGAACCGGGACCGGGAGGUGGAGAUGUUCCAGGUCUUCCACGCUCACAGCUGUGGUCCGGAGAUCUACUGCAGCUUCCAAAAUGGCAUCUGCUAUGAGUUUAUUAGAGGAACAGUGUUGGAUGAUGAGCUCCUCCGACAACCGUCCAUUUACAGAUUGAUCGCAGCAGAGAUGGGGAGAAUCCACUCGAUCCAGCCAAAAUGUGGUCAGCCUGUUGAACCUCUGCUCUGGACCAAAAUGUCCCACUUUCUCAAACUGGUGCAGAACAAUAUCAACAACAGCCCGGUCGAGCAGCGGUGCACUAAAAGUCCUGUGGCUCUACAAGACGUGCCGAGCCUCGAGACCUUGUCAGUUGAAAUGGAGUCACUGAAGAGACACCUCUCGCAGAUUGACUCGCCAACUGUCCUCUGUCACAACGACCUACUCACGAAAAACAUCAUCCACAACCACAAAGAGGGAAUGGUGAAAUUCAUUGACUAUGAGUACGCCGAUUACAACUACCAGGCUUUUGAUAUUGGCAAUCACUUCAAUGAAUUUGCUGGUGUGAAUGAUGUCGACUACAGCCUCUACCCCAGCCGGGAGCUGCAGAGGGACUGGCUGACAGCCUAUCUGGAGAGUUACAAGCACAGCUCAGGACGUGAGGUCACUGUUACAGAGGCAGAAGUUACGCAGCUCUACAUUCAAGUCUGCAAAUUCUCACUGGCAUCCAACCUCUUCUGGGGUCUCUGGGCCAUCCUGCAGUCACGAUACUCCUCGAUUGACUUUGACUUCCAAAGAUAUGCAACUGCACGACUCAACUACUACUUUGAGAAGAAAGAGGAGUAUUUAGCAUUAAAAAUGAGUUAAAAAAAUGGAGAAAAGUUGCCAUACCCUACUCUGUGAGUCCAGGAGUGAUGUGAACCAUCGAUAUCCUUUUUUCGUCACAUCUUACAACACUAUAUAAACCCUCUGUGGAAAUGAGGGCAUAGAAUGAGCUUAUAAAUGUGUUCCCCAUUGUUUGUUAUUUCAGGCUGUAGUGUGAGUUAAUGUGUUUUGCUAUCACUGUGAUUUUUAAAAUAUUUGUUUUACCACAGUCAGUAUGCCGAUAAGCGUAUUUGGCAAAUUGAGAUGAAGUUCAUGCCAGAAACACAUUAAUUGUUCCCACAUUUUGCCGAGUCGCAUGAAGCCACAAAAACUGAGCUUGAUCAUAAAACCCAUAAGAGGGUUAUUUGCAGGCUUAUUCAGCGUGUACCACAGUUCUGAUGAAAAACAAGUCCCCAUUUCAACUCAUUUACUGUACCAAGUGUUAUUUCAAUUCUUUGUAGAGAGAAUGUUGCGUUAUAUAUAACCUACAUGAUGUUCGCUAACCAUAUAGUUAAUCUGAAAUUUGAAAUCUUAGUUCCAUUUUAAAGACAUCAUUAAAACUUUAAAUAUACGUCUGUGCAAUCACGAAUAACUCAUUUCAUAUUGAUUAAGGAUUUUCUAUAAUUAAUUGUAAACCUUGUAAACGAGCUAAUCAGAACUCCAAACGGAGUCAGGCAUUUGUCUCACAGUCAGGUUUGUUCCAGCGUACUGCUUAGAAAUCACUGUAAAAAAGAGUCUGCAACACACCCUGCUUAUUGUCAUAACAAGGCAAACACAGCAACAACUUAUAUAAUUAAUAGUGGCAAAGUUUGAUCUGUGUUAACUGGUAAUUUGUGUCUUGCCAGCAUCACAAUAAUACUGCUUUCACUGCUUAAUUAAACUUGCAAAUUAUCCAUUUCAUUAGCUGUGGUUGUUUUUUCAUGCCAUCACACCUCCAUGAAAAAGUUUCCUUUAAGGAGCGAAUAUAGCUAUACAGCAAUAUACUUUAUUUUACUGUUUGUGCAGUUUAGUGUUCAUUCUUUAUGGCUUAUUACACUACAACCAGUCCAUUAACUUGUCAUUGUCCCAAAUGCUCAUUGAAUCAGUGACCUGUUUGAAUUUAAAUCAAUGUAUAAUGUAAUAAUUGACAUAUAUGUGUAGAGCACAAUUAGGUUAUUUAUAAGUUGUCAUGGCAAAAAACACCCAAAUAACCCCAAAUAACAUUAAUAAUGGAUUCUGUCUUUCAGUUUUGGUUCGUGUACGUUAAGUGUGUAAAAUGACAUUGAUUCUUGUCAAGAUUUUUUGCAGAUUACGUUUAAACUGAUGUGCUCUGGGAUGAUUUACAUUAUUUAAUGAAUGCAUUUCGUAAAGCUGAUGCCAAUAUAUAGUAAACAACAUAUGACUCAUGUUGAAGCUGAAUGUGUACAAUGUUCCAUUUGUUACUGAAAUGCAAUUACUAAUGAUUAAGUGAUCUAUGUUUAAAAUAAAAUGUCUGCAUAUUCUGAUCUAUGACAGAAGAGGCCAGA